AUGUUGUCAAGGACUGGGGUUUUUACUGUUUUGAAAAGGUCCACUCGCUUAUCAGGGUAUGCACUAAGGCCUCUAUCUACGCGCAGUUGUCUUCGCGUAGAAGAUCAGGGGACAUCAAGGUCGAGGGUGACGCCGCGCGGAGGCGCGCCUUCUGGGGCCUCCUCCUCUACAGAUCCAUCUGAUCAGAGCGCAUUCUCCGGGAACACACCUCCUAAGAGUACAACUUUUGAAGAUGCAGACCCCAAGCGUAAGCCUCUCAGCAGAAUCGCGAUUGGCGGUACCGAGACCAAAUCACAGAAAGCCACGAGCGGCUCUAUUGAGUUCGCGACAUGGAAGGCUGCAGCCUUGGUACUUACCCUCGGAGGGACCUUGUACUACUUUUUCUCCAAAGAGAAACGAAGACUUGAGAUCGAAAAAGAGGCAGAAGCCAAUAGAGGGUAUGGGAAGCCGCUUGUUGGAGGGCCUUUCAAGCUCGUGGAUUUCAACGGCAAUGAGUUCACUGAGAAAAACUUGCUCGGCAAGUUUUCUAUUAUCUACUUCGGGUUUUCACACUGUCCUGAUAUCUGCCCUGACGAACUCGACAAGCUCAGUGAGUGGUUGGAUGGGCUCAAGAAAAAGGGAAUCGAGCUUCAGCCUAUUUUUAUUACCUGUGACCCAGCUAGAGACCCCCCUCACGUUUUGAAAGAAUACUUGAGCGAGUUUCAUCCCGACUUGAUUGGCCUCACUGGCGAGUACAAUGACAUCAAAAACGCUUGUAAACAAUACCGCGUUUACUUCUCGACCCCACCAUCUUUGAAGCCUGGACAAGAUUACUUGGUCGAUCAUUCGAUCUUCUUCUAUUUAAUGGACCCCGAGGGCCAAUUUAUCGAUGCGUUAGGAAGGCAGUAUGACGCGGAGACCGGCGUCGCGAAGAUAGAGGAGCAUGUCAAAGCGUAUGUGCCAAGAGAGCAACGUGAAAAGCGUAAAGAAAAAUGGUAUUCUUUCCUCUUCAACUAG